GUUUAUUCGUCAUUAGUCAGUUUCAAAUCGCGAUGAAUACACGCAAACUUUCAACCCAUGUACUGGAAACCUCAACGGGAAAAGCUGCCCCGAAUAUAAAAGUGACAGUUUAUCGCCUGGACGAAAUCCAAGAAUGGAAAGCUAUUCGUCCUGGUCAAACUAAUGCAGAUGGACGAUGCCUAUUGCUGGACCACGGAGAGUUUCCCAACGGAAUUUACAAGUUAACCUUCCAUGUGGGAGCCUAUUUUGCUGCUAAAAAUCAAACAACUUUAUAUCCAGCCAUAGAUAUCAUUGCAGAAUGUAAUGAAAAUCAAAACUAUCAUAUUCCUCUGCUGCUCAGUCCUUAUGGAUACACAACCUAUCGUGGCACAUAAAUUGAAAAUAAAUGAAUAAAUAAAAUUUGAAUAA